AUGCAUAGUGGAUUUAAAAUUAAUGGAAAGCCAAUAGAAUCGUUAUUAGUUCCGGAGCUUAGUUUGGAGAUUAGAAAAAGAGGUGGAAGAAUUAAAAGUAAUGCUGUUAAAGAGCAAAUUUAUAGACAACUAUUAGAACUAUUAGAGAAUGAAAAGGAAGAGGAGGAGGGGCAGUUUAAAAAGAAAAGAAAAUCAUUUAGCUCAUCACCACAACAACACUUAUCACCAAUUUUAGUAUCAAAUAGAUCAUCGGUUUCAUCAACACCAAUAUUAUCAUCACCAUUAAUUAUUCAUGAAAGAGGUAAUAUAUUCAAUUUUAAACCUUUUGAUGAUAAUAGUAAUAAAUCUAUAUAUGUUGGAAGUAAAAAAAAAAUACCAACCAUAGACGAGGAUUAUUAUGAAAAAGAAAAGAAUUUUAUGAAUGAUAUGUUCGAUGAAGAAAUUAUAAAUGAUGAUCAGAACAGAAGAAUUGUAAAUAAUCACAUCAAAAGAAACAAUAGUAAAAGAAGUCGUAUCAGCCCAGAAAUAAAUUACACAGAUGCAUCAGAUAAAAGCGAAGAGGAGGAAAGAGAAGAGAAAAACAAAAUUUACAAUGCACUUAAAAAUAGAGAUAUCAACAAUGACAGUUAUGAAGAGGAGGAAGAAGAUGAUGCAAGCGAGGAAGAGGAAGAGGAGGAGGAGGAGGAAGAGGAAGAUGAAGAAGAAGAGCAGGAAGAGGAGGAAGAGGAGGAAGAAGAUGAGGAUAUAGAAGAAGAGGAGGACGAAGAAUUACAAGAGGUAGAUAGCGAAGAGGAUGUUGCCGAAUUAUCUGAAGAUAAUGAAGAAGAAGGUAGUCAAAUAAGCAAUAAGAGAAUGAGCCUUCAAAACAAACUUUCAAUUGAUCCAAAUGAAUUAGAAUCUAAAAUUUUAAACAACUUUGUUUCAAAUCAAACAUUGAUACAAAAAACUCAUCCAAAUUUAGGUUCCGAUCUAGUUAGGGAGUAUGUAAGAUUUAUGAUAUUAAAAAUAUUAGAAAAUGACCUUUACCCCAACACACCAUCAAAGCUAAUGCCCCCACCAUUUAUCUAUGAUAUAUGGUCACUACAUAUACUCUCAACUACCAAGUAUGAAGAGUUUCAAGCCAAUAUUCAAUUUAAAAUACCACACGACCCAGAUAAUUUCACCGAUCAUAUUUCAAUCAUAAGGAGCAAGUACUGUAAAACAGUAGAAACAUACAUUAAACAUUUCAAAAAAAACCCCACAGAGGAAUUACCAGAUGUGUGGAUUGACCCAUCCACCUUGUUAUCAAAUGAUCAAUAUAAACCAAAAGUUAAAAAAAUAAAACAAUCAAACAAUAAAAUAAAAAAUAAUAUAGACAAUAGCAAUAAUAUUAAUAGAUAUAGUAUUGGAUUAAAAAUAUAA